AGAAGCAUCUAGAAUGUGUAUAAAGGAAAAUAACGUUACCUUGUCUAAUGCAAAUUUUAAGGUGUGACAUUUUUAGCAGGUGAUGGUUUCCUUCUAGUUGAUAUUGAGGUUUCAAUGCUGUUUGUAGUGCAGUGAUAUAUUGUAAUUAUGGGAUAUAAAUUGUUUGGUGUGAUUUUAUUCUGCUGGUUUUACAGCGUCGUGUAUUGUGCAGUAUUCAAAAGGUCAACAUGUGCUUCAAACGAGAUGCAUGUAGAAUGCUACCACUGCGGCCCCAAGAGCUGUGAUCACCUGGGCUACCCGUCCCCGUGCGGGGGAAGUAGCCUGUGCAGAUCGCGAUGCGUCUGUAUUGAUGGCUACGUGAGGAAUGAUAAUGGACUUUGUAUACCGAAAAUGGAGUGCCCGUCGUGUGGAGGCGAUAGAAACGCGACAUCUGGCUGUAGUAACCAUUGUGGAAACUCAUGUUCUGACUUCCGGGACACCAAUAAAAACUGCCUCUCCGGGUGCCACUACAAUGGGUGCGAUUGUAAACCUGGCUAUGUGUUCCACGAGAAACUAGGCCACUGCGUUCUACCCGUCGAUUGCUAAUUUCCGGCUCUUCAACAUGAUUCAACGAACAAAACGCUAUUAAUUCGGAAUUAAUUUAUGGACCUAAUAAAAUUAUAUUUUGUAUAUUUAAAUUUCACCAUGAAUUGGUCUUUUAAUUAAUU